GGGGAGUGGGCGCGGCGGUUCCCGCCGCCAGCGCAGCCCCCUGCCCGCCCAGCCCCGCCCGCCACGGCCGCCUCUCUCCUCUGCUCUCCUCUCCUCGCCUCCCCUCCCGCCCGGGCGCCGCCGAGCCGAGUCGCCGGGCGGGCACGGGCACCAUGAGCGCCGAGUGCAGCAGUUACCUCAACGCCGACAAGGUGCUGGUGAGCGGGUUCAGCUGCCCGCGGGCGGGCGGCGACGCCCGCGCCGUGUUCUGCUGCGGCUUCCAGGACGUCAAGUACUGCUGCGAUGACCCCCACAGCUUCUUCCCCUACGAGCACAGCUACAUGUGGUGGCUCAGUGUUGGAGCACUCGUGGGCCUGUCCAUAGCAGCAGUGGUCCUCUUCGCUUUUAUCAUCACUGUGUGUGUUCUCUGUUAUUUGUUUAUCAGCACCAAGCCACGCAGCAAACUGGAUACUGGUUUAAGCUUGCAGAUGGCAGAUACAGAGCUGCAUCCUUCACAAGGCCCCCACCAGAACAAGCUGCUGACAAAGCCAAAUGGCUUCAAGAGAUUUCCUAAGCUGCAAGGAUGGACUGUGACUGAGAACCUGACUCACUCUUCCAGAGGUGUUUCCUGGCUAUUACAGCUACUGUGGAUAACCAGAGGCCAAUCUGAAGCUGUGCCUGCAUAUGUUUGUGUAUGGUUCUGUACUGAGAAAUAGUAUGUUUUGAUUUGCACAUUCCAGCUACUGCUGUCAGUCGUUUUCAUGCAAGUCGUUGUCUUUACCCUGUGCAAUCCCAGUGAGAUGACACAGUUGUCAAGCAGAGCAGAAUUUGGCACACCAUGUUGACCAAACUUUAUUUGAAGCUUUCCCUGUGUGCCAUCUUAAUGUGGUGUCUUCAUGUCAUGAACACUGUUGUCUUUAGUCCAAUGUGACUGUUGGGUGCACAGACCAAUGUGAAAGCAGUACCUCAAUAAAAUCUGGCACUUGUGUUGUA